GUAUGCUGCAGAAAGUCAGAUUAUGCAUUAAUAAUAAUAAUAAUAAUAAUAAUAAUAACAGUCUUCUAUGACAAAAGCUAAAGCUACUGAAAUGACUCCGCAGAUAAAUGUUUACCAAAACUGAGCGUGAGAAAUCAUUUUAUUACAGUGUUGUUCAGUGCAACGAGUUUUAUUCAUAAAUAUAUGGCCAUUUUUGCCUCCACCGAGCAAAGUUGUCCCUCUAUAAAUACCCUUCUUCAGGGGCUUGUGUCCUCCCCACUUCUCUAUCUGCUUUCCAUCAUCAUAUAACAUCUUUGUCACAUUCCCAUUCCACCUUUUCUUUUUCUAUUUUCAAUGGCAAGCAAUCAAGCAUCUCUCAACAGCACCAAGUUUCCUCUUGCUGUUCAUAAUGAUGUUGAGCAACAAAUAACUACUCUGGAGCUUGAAGCCAAGGACAACUUUGACUACUCAAAAAGAGCACAAUGGCUGCGAGCGGCUGUUCUUGGCGCAAAUGAUGGUUUGGUCUCCAUUGGAUCAUUGAUGAUGGGUGUUGGUGCUAUAAAACAAGACAUUAAGGCCAUGAUAUUAACUGGGUUUGCUGGUUUGGUAGCUGGUGCUUGUAGUAUGGCUAUAGGCGAGUUUGUGUCUGUGUAUUCUCAGUUGGAUAUAGAGCUAGCUCAAGAAAAGAGAGACCAUGGAAAUGAAGAAGAAGAAGAAGAAGAAGGAGAUAAGGAGAGUUUACCAAACCCAUUGCAAGCUGCUGUAGCCUCAGCUCUUGCCUUUUCAAUGGGUGCAAUAGUGCCAUUGCUAGCUGCCUCAUUCAUAAGUAAUUAUAAGGCGAGACUAGGAGCAGUAGUUGGAGCUGUGAGCUUGGCUUUGGUGAUCUUUGGAUGGGUUGGGGCUGUGUUGGGGAAGGCUCCAGUGGUGAGGUCCUCAGCUAGGGUUUUGGUUGGAGGACUGAUAGCUAUUGCUAUAACCUUCGGUCUAACCAAACUUAUUGGAUCAACUGCUCUGUGACUUACCCUUUUCUUUAUUUUAUUUUUUUUCUUUCUGUGAAGUUGUUCGUGUCCAGUAUAACUACGUUACUGUGUUUUCCUUGUGUGUAUGAGGUAUGACAUAUGCAUGGAAAGAAGGUUGGCUUUGAUGAGAAAGAAGCCAACAGAAAAACAAAGAAGUGAUAUCUGAUUGCAUCGCCUGUCUUAUCUAAUGAUCAUGUGUCUUACUACAAAUAAAGAUGUCCAGUUCUUGCAAAGUAAGGGACAUGGGAUACGUAUUGUAUUCUCCCUUCAAAACAUGCAUUUUAAGAUUACAGAA